AUUGCAAACUUGUUACCGGCUAAUUUUAUCACUAAAUAGUUUUCAUCCGUGACACAUCAACACUCACAAAUUUCUAUGCAUUUGUGGUAUAAAUAUUUAAUUAACACCUACGCUGUUCGAUUAAUCCAACGGCUAGAAUGAUACAUCUGAGAAAGCCUUAGAUAUGGAGGAUCCAAAUCCCACGGUGACGAAGUUGUAGCAGCACCACCUUCCACCAUCACAAGACCACCGCCACAAUUCCGAUCAGAGACUUCCUCGGCGCAGACACACACGACAACUCCGACCACCACGCAACAUCUGCACAACAAACCGCCGCUCCUUAGGCGAGUGAGUUCUCUUUCAAUAAACCCUAAAACUGAAAUGUGAAAACUGCAGUUCCCAGUUUCUCAUGGCAGUAGCGCGAGAAUUUUCCGCAGCGUUGUUCUCUUGCUCAAAGCCUCACGCUUCUCUUUUUCAACGUCUCUUCAUUCGUAAAAAGACUUCCAAGAUUUUUGUUAAAGGUUUAGCAUUUUCUACUACAGAAGAGAAAUUAGCUGAAGCUUUUUCUCAAUACGGAAAUGUUCUCAAAGCUGAUAUAGUGUUGAAUAAAGCCAAGAAUAGAUCCAAAGGUUUUGGAUAUGUGACUUUUUCAGAGGAGGAAGAAGCCCGCAAAGCACAGAUCGACAUGAAUGGAAAGAUAUUACACGGACGUGUCUUAUACGUAGACAUGGAUCCACCUGACGAGCAAAAGAAAACUUACAAGCACGCAAUUAAAAAUACACAUGCUGAUAAUGAUGAUGUGCAUAUGGAUUGAAGUAAACAAACAGACUUGUAAGGUGAGACAGUACCUAACCCAAGGAGAGAAGGAGCCACAUCUCUUCCGAGCGCUUUUGGUUGAUAAUGUUAUUGUAAAAGUUACAUAUUUUGAUCCACCAAUUAUUAUAUCAACUAUACAUGAUUGGCGAAUCAAUAACAAAUACUUUUGCUCAAA